CCUAAGGUUGUUUAAGCCAUGAAUCCAGCAUCCUCAACUGCUGCUCCCAAAGCUCUAAUGGAGCUAAAAGCAGUUCUCUUUCAUGGCUUCCAAUCAUUCAAUCAGCUUAAACACAUUCAUGGUCGCCUUAUUCGUACAGGUUUUGAUCAAAACAAUUAUCUUUUAAACUUACUAUUAAAAUUUACUUUGAACAAUUUCAACAACCCAAAUUAUGCUAAACUCGUUUUCAAUCAAACUCAAGAACCCAACAUUUUUCUUUACAAUACAAUGAUUCGUGGGUUAGUUUCGAAUGAUUGUUUUCAUCAAUCUAUUGAUUUUUUCCAUGAAAUGAGAGAUGAAGGUUUCUUGCCCAACAAUUUUACUUUUCCGUUUUUGUUGAAAUCUUGUACGAGGUUGUCGGAUUUUGAAUUGGGUGUAAAGGCUCAUGGGCUUGUUGUGAAAGGAGGAUUUGAUUAUGAUGUGUUUGUGAAGACUGGGUUGGUUUGUUUUUAUGCUAGGUGUGGGUUUCUUGAUGAUGCACACCAAGUGUUUGAUGAUAUUCCUGAGAAGAAUGUUGUUUCUUGGACCGCGAUUAUGACGGGGUAUAUUGAUUUUGGGAAGUUUAAGGAAGCUAUUGGUUUGUUUCGGAGGUCAUUGGAAAUGGGUUUGAGUCCGGAUAGUUUUACUCUUGUUAGGGUGUUGUCUGCGUGUAGUCGUGUAGGGGAUGUUAGUGCUGGUGAGUGGAUACAUGGGUACGCAGUGGAGAUGGGUAUGGGGAGGAAUGUGUUUGUUAAUACGGGUUUGGUUGAUAUGUAUGCUAAAUGUGGGAAAAUGGUGAAAGCUCGUGAGGUUUUUGAUGAAAUGGUAGAGAAGGAUGUUGUUUCUUGGAGUGCUAUGAUACAGGGUUAUGCAGUGAAUGGGCUUCCUAAAGAGGCGUUGGAGCUGUUUUACAGGAUGCGAGGAGAGAAUGUUAGACCGGAUUGCUAUUCAAUGGUUGGUGUACUUUCUGCUUGUGCAAGGUUAGGAGCGUUAGAAGUUGGCGAAUGGGCUAGUAAGUUGAUGGACAUGAAUGAGUUUUUCUGUAAUGCUGUUUUAGGUACAGCCCUUAUUGAUAUGUAUGCUAAAUGUGGGAGGAUGACAUCAGCUUGGGAAAUAUUCAAACAAAUGUUCAUGAAGGAUAGAGUAAUCUGGAAUGCUGUUCUAUCAGGUCUUGCUAUGCACGGGCAUGUGAAAUCUGCCUUUUGUUGUUUUGGUCAAGUAGAGAAACUUGGUAUAAAACCUGACGGAAACACAUUCAUCGGUCUCCUUUGUGCUUGCACUCAUGCUGGCCUUGUUGACGAUGGUCGCAAAUAUUUUCAGAGCAUGACUCACUCGUACUCUUUGGAACCAGCAAUUGAACAUUAUGGAUGUAUGGUUGAUCUUCUAGGACGAGCUGGUUUGCUGGAUGAAGCUCAUUCGUUGAUCGAAAGUAUGCCAAUGAAGGCUAAUGCCAUCAUUUGGGGAGCUCUGUUAAGUGGCUGCCGAUUACAUCGUGAUACCAAGUUGGCUGAACAUGUGCUAAAGCAGUUGAUUGAAUUGGAACCAUGGAACUCAGGAAACUAUGUUCUUUUAUCAAAUAUAUAUGCAUCUAACAAUAAAUGGGAUGAUUCGGAAAAGAUCAGGUCUUCUAUGAACGAGAGAAGAAUGCAGAAGAUUCCUGCCUAUAGUUGGAUAGAGAUUGUUGGAGUUGUUCAUGAAUUUCUCGUUGGAGAUACAUAUCAUCCUAUAGCAGAUAACAUAUACGCUAAACUCAGUGAACUGAGCAAGGAGUUAAGAGAGGCAGGUUAUGUUCCAAAAACAGAAUACGUUCUAUUUGACAUCGAAGAAGAGGAGAAGGAGCAUUUUGUGGGCUGUCACAGUGAGAAGCUCGCGCUUGCAUUCGGCUUACUAAGUACUAAACCUAGUGAUGUAAUCAGAAUAAUAAAAAAUCUCCGUAUCUGUGGUGAUUGCCAUACGUUCUUCAAGCUUGUCUCAAAGAUAACAGAGAGAGAAAUUACCUUGCGGGAUAAUAACCGUUUCCAUUGUUUCCUUAAAGGAUCAUGCUCAUGUGGAGAUUACUGGUAAGACUUCAGUUGGUAAUAUGAUGUUGCAGAAGAGAAUAGAGGCCAAUUGGUGUCAUACUCUUAUGCCGAAGAGACAGACCUAAUAUUUAUCUGUCAUCAACUCGAUAAGAGGAGCAAUGUUGUAAAAAGGGCAGCCGGUGCACGAAGCAUCCGGCAUUCACGCAAUGUAGGGGGAAGGGUCGCACCCCAAAGAGUGUGAUUUAGGCAGCUUACGCUGAUGCACGUAUCAUUGACUGAUUCCACAACUCGAACUUGUGACCUAUAAGUCAUACAGCGGCAACUUUACCGUUACUCCAAGGAAGAGGAGCAUUGAUAUGCUGAAGCAAAAUAUUGUGUGACAGAUCGAUAUAUGGUGUCAAUUGGAUAAAAAAAUUGUGCAUUUCUACAGUUAGAUUCUCCAUCCUCAUAAAUGGUUAUCUUCAUGGCUUCUUUCCUACCCAGAGAGGCUUAAAGACAGGGAGAUCCUCGUUCUCCGUUUCUUUUUAUCUUUGUGAUGGAGGGUCUCUGCAAUAAGUUAUACGUUGCCAUGCAGAAAACUUUGAUCAAAAGGCUUCAUCGCCAGCUCCAGUACACACCUCAUCUUACGUUAAGUUAUAUUUAACGAUUCGUUGAUCUUGUUUGAUGAAUGCAGAGGUUGAUCAGAUCCUGUGUGAUGGAUGCAGAAGCAUUUCUACGAAAUCUCUGAACUUGGUGCAAGCUUUAGAUCAGUCGUCAUUUGGUGGACCAUGUGGAAGGAAAGAAACAGUUGAGUUUUUUAAAGCAAAAAGCAGAAUGACCUUGAAAAAACAUUGUAUUUUUUACCUAAGCUCUACGCCAAACGAACUAAACCUAGUGUUUUGGUGGAGAAGCGUAGAGGGGCAGGUCCAUUAUCCCUAAGUUUCGAAGGCUGCAAUUGGCGCUCAGAAAAUGGAUUUCUCGGUAUAAUAAGAAACAUUGUAUUUUUUGCCAAACGUUUUGGCACAGGGCUAAAAUACUAAUCCUAGCAUCUUCUUAUGCUGAAUAUUUAUAUCAAUAAGAUUACCCUUAAAUCCUUAAUUAUCAACAAAAUGUAUAUUAGAAAAC